AUGGUGGACACGCUGAAGUCGAUUGGUCUUACAGAACAAAAGGCCAAAGAAACUUUGCGCAAUGAAUCGUUAUCCAAAAGCCUUAUGGAAAUCAUACGACAAGUAAGCGCCGGCCAAGGAAAGCUGCUUUACAACUUGGCGACGAGAGCCAAGAAUCAGUACCAUCAGCACAUACCGAUGCUCGUCGAACAUAUUUGCAAAAAUCGCAUUAAAUCUGACGUGCAACUUUUGGGGGAAAUCAGGAAGAACCUGCCUUUUGCUGAUGGCUCGCUUGUGAAAAAUGAGCUCGACCUCCAAAUUAGACUGCUACUGGGUCCGAAAACGGAAAAGAAGUCCUCUGACUUGCAGGCCAAUGCUGACGAUGCCUCUGCUGCCAUUUUCAACGGCACAUCUUGUAAUAAAGGAGAAAGCUCAGUUGAAGAGCUGAUGAGAAAAGUCAAGUUUCACAAACCAGGGGAAAAUUUCAAGACCGAAGGAUAUGUAGUUACGCCGAAAACGUUUGAACUGUUGCAGCGCCAUCUGGAACAGACCGGUGGCAAAGUCGUGACACGUUUUCCUCCCGAGCCGAACGGAAUUCUGCACAUCGGUCACGCCAAAGCCAUUAGCAUUGAUUUCGGAUAUGCGCGAGCACAUGGUGGGAUUUGCUAUUUGCGCUACGAUGACACCAAUCCAGAGAAGGAAGAGGAACAGUUUUUCACUUCUAUAGCGGAGAUGGUAGAAUGGCUAGGUUAUAAACCAUACAAAGUGACUCAUUCUUCUGACUAUUUCGACCGGCUGUACGAAUUAGCCAUCGAAUUGAUAAAACGUGGUCACGCAUAUGUAUGUCAUCAAAGCGCCGACGAGAUGAAGGGCUUUAAUCCAGCACCGUCUCCUUGGCGCGAUCGCCCUAUCGAAGAGUCACUAGCGUUGUUUGAGGACAUGAAAAACGGCAAAUUUGAUGAAGGGUCCGCUACAUUGCGCAUGAAGAUCACUUUAGAAGAAGGCAAAGUUGAUCCGGUUGCGUAUAGAAUUAAGUACAUGCCUCAUAACCGAACCGGAAAUAAAUGGUGCAUUUAUCCGACGUAUGACUACACGCAUUGCCUUUGCGACUCGAUUGAGAACAUUACCCACUCUCUGUGUACCAAGGAGUUUCAGUCGAGACGACUGUCGUAUUAUUGGCUGUGCAAUGCAUUGGAUUUGUACUGUCCUGUUCAAUGGGAGUACGGUCGUCUGAACAUGAAUCAUACCGUCGUAUCGAAAAGGAAGAUCCUCAAACUAAUCCAGUCGAAGAUAAUCACAGACUGGGACGAUCCGAGACUAUUUACACUUACCGCAUUGCGACGACGUGGAUUUCCUCCAGAGGCCAUUAACAAUUUCAUAGCCAAAAUGGGUGUGACGACCGCUCAAGUUUUCGCGGAGCCGGAAAUGUUGGAAGCUUGUGUUCGAGACGUUUUAAGCCGUACUGCUGCAAGGUACAUGGCCGUUUUGCAGCCACUGAGAGUGAAUAUCGUUCAUGGCCCAAAUUGGCUUCCGCAGAGUGUGAAUGUGCCUGAUUUUCCUGGCGACGCAGAUUGUUCUUCUUUUCAUACCGUUGCGUUCGAUUCUAGCGCUGAUGUAGCUUUCAAAAGGUUAACCAUGAAACAACCGGUCGGCCUCAAACACGUGGGACUGGUCUUAACCUGCAAACAAAUAGUCAGGGAUACCUGUGGAAACGUAGUCGAAAUUUUGGUGUCAGCCGACGCGUUAACAAACGAAAAUAAACCAAAAGAUUUAUUCACAAAAAUCCAGAAGAUGCGUCUGAAGUUCCAGACGGACUUCGGAAAACUCACUAGUAAAGCUUGA